AUGCCGCUGUGUCGGACACUCGUACAUGAGUUCGCGCAUCUCCGUUACGGCGUGUUUGAUGAGCAUGGACUUGGCAACGCCGACUUCCCCAACUUCUACCUGGACGACGACACCUUGAUGCCCACCGGCUGCACCGACUCCAUCAAGGGUCAGCUACAAGGGGACUGCAGCAUCGACCCGGCCACACAGCUGCCAGGGAAGGACUGCUACUUUCUGUCGGACGUGGACGGCAACACGGCUAGAGCGUCCAUCAUGAACGAUGUCUUCGUCAAAUCGGUGACUACAUUUUGUGAGAGCAAUACCAAUGACCCGGAUUACCUUCACAACGACCUGGCCCCGAACCUGCAUAACAAGAUGUGUGGGGGCAAGGGCACCUGGGACGUCAUCUUGGAGAGCCCCGACUUCAGGGGAGGUACCAACCCACCCGUCAACAAGACCGAGGCUGAGAUAAGACCGACGUUCAACGUUCUGUUCAACGCUAAAACCACAACACACACUGGAGGGGAAGUCUGUGGUAGACCCGUGGUCCUUGUCCUGGAUGUUUCCGGUUCAAUGCUAUCGAACGACCGCUACUUCAAACAAGGUCAGACAGCAGACAAACUCAUCAGAGAUAUCCUUCCCGUGGGAACCAAGGUCGGGGUGGUAACGUUUAGUUCCACAGCGUCUAUAGCAAUACCACUGACGCUGUUGUCGACGACCGCUGACAGAGACCGUGUUUCAAACCAGCUGCCGACACAGCUAUAA